CUUCAAUUCUAGGGUUUUCACAACAACAAAAGCAAAAUCGAACACGAAACCCUAAUUCGAUACCGAAACAAAACUUGGUGACAGAAAACAAUGGGAGGGAAAUGCCCGCAUAGAAGUGUGAAGAAGAGAAGAUACUCUCACAAAACUCAUCGCCGUUCCAAAUUUCUAGUUAAAGGAGACGAUUUGGUCUACGACGAGCUUCAGAAAACUGAUGGUGACAGAAAACCAUUGCCAUUAGACGAAGAUUUGCCUGGAAUGGGUCAGUAUUACUGCCUUCAUUGUGAUCGUUACUUCUCUAAUGUUACCGUUAGAGAUGAGCAUUUCAAGACCAAACGCCACAAGAAACGCUUGAAGACGAUGUUAGGACCUGCACCACACACCCAACUGGAUGCAGAGUUAGCCGCUGGCAUGGGCAUGCCUGAUAAUGGUCCCAAGUUGAUGUCCGUGUAAAAUUUUGUUUCCCUCUAACUAUUCUAAUAUUUUUGUUUGAAGUUGUAUUAAGAUUUGAGAUUUCUGAGGAAAAUUGUUUAUAUAGGAACAAUACUUUCAAUGUUAAAUUUGAAUUUCAUGCUGGUUCAUUUC